GACAACAUAACAACAAACAGCUGACAGACUAGCGGCGUCACAAUUAUUACUACCAAUUACCGUUCUGGUCAUGGUGACUGGCACAAGUGUUGAGUGUGUGAUAGCGUGCUGAGAGGCGAGGCAGCUUUCACUUUCAUUUACUAGUGGAAUACGAAAGACAAACGCGUAACGGGGUACUUCAUUAAUUCUUUGAUUCCAGUGCAACAGGAAGACUUCAAAGGCAGUGCACACCUCACGUGUUCCUGAGGACAUGUCUGUGGCAGCUAACACCAUUCCCCUGCUCUCCCGGGUGGUGGGGUACUCAGUGGCCAUCGCUAACAAUGCCGGCAGGAUCAUAAGGGAUAUCAUGAAGAAGGGGGAGCUGGGCAUUGUGGAGAAGGAAAGUGCACAAGACCUGCAGACUGAGGCAGACCGGGCAGCCCAGCGCAGCAUCAUCACCUCCCUCCAGAAAUGCUUCCCUAAAUCAACCAUCAUUGGGGAGGAGGGCGAGGAUGAGGUGAAUGACCUUAGUGGUCAAGUGUUUGACCCCUCUAGUGACAGCAGCAGCAGCAGCAGUAUCAGUAGCAUCAACUGUCCCCCACAGCUCACCACAGUAGCAGAGGAGGAGCUUGUGAUAUGGGUGGACCCUCUGGAUGGCACUGCUGAGUACACACAAGCCCAUGAGUGUCGGAUCAGUGGCCACCUGGGGGUUUGUAAGACUCUUGGACUGUCGUGUGAAAGUCUUCUGGAUCAUGUCACGGUGCUCAUCGGCAUAGCAUCAGGAGGGAAAGCUGUGGGCGGCGUGAUCCACCAGCCCUACUACAACUACCAGAACCCAGGGGCUGAGCUUGGCCGCACCAUCUGGGGCAUUGUGGGUGGCAGUGUGGGGGGCAUGCCCAUCGUGGCACCUCCUGAAGGGAAGGUCAUUGUCACCACAACACGCUCCCACUCCUCCUCCACAGUGAAUGAUGCUGUUGCUGCCGUCAGUCCCACAGAGGUCCUUAGGGUGGGAGGUGCAGGACACAAGGUGAUGUUGCUGCUGGAGGGCAAGGCACACGUGUAUGUGUUUGCUAGCCCUGGGUGCAAGAAGUGGGACACCUGUGCUCCUCAGGCCAUACUGGAGGCAGCUGGGGGCGUCCUCACUGACAUCAAGGGCAACCCAAUCCCAUACCAUGCCACCGUAGCACACAGGAAUUCCACAGGAGUGCUUGCCUCAGCCAUGGGACAGGACCACCAAGCCUUCCUGGCCAAGAUUCCCCUGCAUGUGAAGGACAAUCUCAAGGCCUAGAGUGCUUACCUGUAUAUAUUCUGAUACUUUGUUUAUAGUCUUUACCUUUAUGGAAUCGAGAGCUUUAACACCUUCAGUACUGGAAUGCAUUUUUACCAUGAUUUUUGGAUAUGAUUAGAGGAUUUUAUUCACAUUAGGAAGGCUUUAUGAAGGUCAGAAGAUUAAUGGCCACAGUCUUCACUAUUUCAAUCCCCACAUAAGUUUCUGAAGCUGUAUAAAACCACCAGAUAGUAACCAGAAUGAAUAAUCUUUACUCUUGGUUAGUUGUGAGCUUUAUUUAAAUGGAGGUUUGUCAGGUUCAAAGCCCAGGAUGAUGGGUGGUCACAGGGAUAUUUUCAUGAUACGAGGACUAGAACUAAUAUUAGGGUAUUUUUGCUAUCUCUCUCUCUCUCUCUCUCUCUCUCUCUCUCUCUCUCUCUCUCUCUCUCUCUCUCUCUCUCUCUCUCUCUCUCUCUCUCUCUCUCAGUACAGAGGAAUUCUGGCUAAGGACAACAGAAGAAAUAAUAAAAAAAGGACCUACUGAGAUUUCAUUCCCUAAAAAGGUCUAAAAAGAUAAUUGGAAUUGAGAAUUAGGUGUAUUUAGAAUUGCGUGAAGGAGGAGUGUUGUAUUUCCUUUACAUUUUCUUAUAAUACUUAAUUUUCUCCAAUUGAAAAAAGAGGAAAAGCAAAGAAAUCAGACUAAUAAUUCCAGUGCCAUUUGAGAAGCAGUUGUAAUGGGAGAGCUAACCAUUUAAGAAUAUGUGACUAAGUGUUUUAAGUCUUGAUCCAAUUGAUGUCUCCCUUUCCUUUACAUCUGUCUUACUAAACAAAAGUACAGUAGUGAAUGAAAGCAACUUAUCACUGCCUCUAGAGUUGUUAUUAGUACAAGUGUUGUAGGGCAUCUUUCUACCUGAUUUUUUAUAUCCAAACCUGAGUAGAUAUGUUGCCAAGUCUGUAAUAAAGUGGGGAGAUGUUAAGAUACAGUGUGGGUCAUUGCAUGUUUGGCAUGUGGUCUGUUGGGAAAAUUCGUACCUGGUAUAAACCUGAGUGAUGAAAAUACAAAACUGUGUGUCAAGUUUUUCUAUCUGAAGAUUAACUUUAUUCUAUAUUGUCAAAAUAGUUCCUUGGUUUAUUUUUUCUUGUGCAUUUCUUAUACCAGAUUAGAGUUUCCUCAUUAGUGUAAUUACUUUGAAGACUUGUUACAUACAGAACACAAAAUAGAGUGUAUUAUGUACUUGUAUGUAGGGUGUAACAUGAGUUUCUGUAGAUAUUGCCACAAGUGAGAGUAAAAGUUAUUAUAAGUAGGAAAUGUUCUAUGCACAUUAAUAUUCUGAGGGAUAUUUAAGUGUAUUCAUUGUCGUUGUCUUGGAAGGAAACUGUGGGAUCUAAUUAAGAAUCAGCUGAUUUGCUGCUUGUCUCAUUCCUUCCCACUCCUUAUCUGGAUAUGCAUGAUUGACACAGACUAUUACUAUUUUAUUUGUUACAUUCAUACUGUCACUGUGUAAUGUUUAUCAGUAAUUGGUAUCAGUGUUGUCACUUGUCUUGUCAUGGGGUACUGUAAAGCUCCAAAACUUGUAGAAAUCAUCACUGAAUUAUUCACAAUUGCAAAUGUCCACCAUGGAUACCUGCCUGACUCUGCUAUUGUAUCUGUCACUGGGUCACACUGGAAUUUCAUGCCAGAACUAAAUAACACCUCAAAAGACAUGUGUGCAUAAAACAUUUCCACUUAGAACAACAUGUACUUCCACCUCUGUCAGUAUCUGCAGAAACUUGUAUAAAUUCAUAUUACACCUUGUAAAAGGCACUUGUAGUUUGUUGCUCCUAGAGAUGGUUUGUAUAGGAAGAUGUGUUAAGGAUGAGGGAAGAGUUCACCAAUAAUAGCAGGAAAUGGCACAGACUCAUGAGCCAUUCAUCUCUUUAAGUGAAAAUCAUGAUAUUGAGCCAGAUGAUGAUAGUGGUAAGGAGCACCAUACAUAUUCUGAAACACGUAUACACCACACCUUCACUCCAUUCAGAAAGGUGGAUUUCCAAAGGUAUUUUUAUGGUCCCAGUGACAGAUUAUCAAGAUUUCUGCAUUAUUUAAAGGAGAAAUACUCUUGAGAAGCCAAGAAAUUGUCUAUACGAACUUUGAAAAUAAUUGUGCUGAGAGAGCAAAGCAUUUUUAACACAUACCUAUACAGCAGGCCAGCAAUUGUUGCCACACAUGGUGGCCUAAAGAAAGCACCACAUCCUCAUACGCACAUCAUUCACACUCCCAGCUUUAGUAAUGAUGAAAUGAACAAUCAGGUGAAUUAACCAAAUCUUUAACGAGACAUUUGUUGUUUAUAAGAGUGCAUCUAAUAACUUAUCACUUAAGGCAUUUAAUAAAUGAUAUUGUCCUAAGACAGGAAUUUAAUACAGUUCCAUUCACAUUUUACUAUUAGAUAAGAAAACAGUACUGUUGUAAAUGUUUGUUGUUGCUGUGGGGUUUAUUCUUCUACACUUAAUAAAAUUUUAGGACUUCCGGGUGUUAUGAAAUGUAAGACUGAGUAAAGCUAAACAAUAAUUCUCAGUGUAUGUAUUCAAGUACAACAAGAAAUAAUGGGUUUAUGAUGGAAAAACUCAGGUAAAAAAAAAAAAAUAGGAAGAAACUGUCAUAGAAAGUGGUAGAUAAAUGGAACAGACUCAGUAAUCAUUAAUGGUGAGUCAUGAGGGAGUCUUGAAGGAAGAUAAGACAAAUUUUAUUGAUGAAAAUGAUAGGUGGAGUUAAGUACCAAUGUAUGUUUAAUGGAGGGACUGCCAUGUAUAGGCCUGAUGGUUUCUUGCAGCUGCCAUUAUUAUGUUAUGUUGUUGGGGUGAGCAUGUUUGGUGUUAGCAUGGGAUUUGUUCUCCUCCAGUGAACAAAGCUUGAGAUCCUCUGGGUGUUAUGGCUGCUAGUGGUCACAGGACUCGUGUAGAAGUGAUUAAAGUGAGCAGUUUUA